AUGGAACGCAAGUUCAAAAACGUCGUGCUGGCGACGUACCACGAGGAAUCGGUGACCAGUUUGGACGAGGCGUCCGGCGCGUUUCGGCUAGACACCGAGGCAGUCCAAAAGCGACUGAAGACCGCCCGACAAGAGUUUCAUUACAAAUUGAAACCGUCACACGGCCAUCCCCGUAACACCUCGAGAUUGGAGUCGCUGAUGGCCGACUUUCAGAGGUUUAAUGCCGAGUGUGCGAAUACGUUGUCCGGCACUUGCGACCGGAUCGAGAUUGGCCUCGAGAAAAUCGACAAAAACUACGACGCUAUGUGUCCAAAAGACGUUUUGGAGGCGGCCACGUUGUACGUAAAAUGUUUCGCAAAACUCAAAACGCUACUGGAAAACAUCAACGAUUCAACAUCAGCCACAGCCAGUAUUGGGUCUGGUGAUUUGCCGGAAUCUCUGGCCAAACCUGGCGUCGAACAGGCCAUCAGCAACAUGAAAAGCCAUCUACGGACAAAAUCCGGCAUCAUCUUUUGGCCGGAUAACAGUCAGUUGUGGUCCCACAACGUUCAAGUGUUUUCGAGACUCUGCCGCGAACGGUUCGGUGACGUCCAGACGUUCAGUGUCGUCGAAAAAGCGAAAAUGGUCGACUGGGCCAUGGCAUUCGUCCGGGACGUGGAACGAGUGAAGGAACUCAACAGCCAAUACGUUACCAUCUAG